AUGGUACAGUUUGCUUUGGGUAAGAGGAUUUCGAGCAUCCGAGACACUGUCAAGCGAAGUCAAAGAGCGCCGUGGAUCUUCGCCUGUUCGGUUGCUAUUGUGCUUGCUGUCGUCCUAGGUAUUCCUCUCGGAUGGAGCCUGCGCGGUAAAGAGCUCAGUGGUGAAAUUUUGACCUACUUCAAGGGGCGAAUGCUCCAGGCCUCAAUCACGCUGGUGUCCGUCGACGCCUCCUCUGGGACUGUCGUCCUUGACUGGUAUAUAUACAACGAUACCUGCAUCCUAUAUAAUCUGAAAUCGAACACCACCACGAGCGACCAAAACUGUCCGCCCGUCAACGUGUAUUUGGAUACCUCAAAUACGGAUACCGCGUCCAAUAACCCACCAAAAUCUCCUAUCUUUUUCUACAAUGCUACCAUGGCCGCUCAGGAUCGCUACUUCGCCAGCGAGCCAACUUUCCGUACCGAGCUAAAUAUGAUAACCAGACAGAACACAUUGGCCGCUAGUAUUGUCAACUAUCCGUUUGAUAAAUAUGCCGUCUUUCCACUCGUCUAUGGCAUCACUAACCACACAGACAAGAUGGUAGGAGUGUUUAUCGGGGAACUCACUGGCGUUGCUGUAGUUGGCAGAGGAUUUCAAGCGCAUACGGAUAGAAAUUGGACAUGGAGCGACAUUUCCGGCAGAACUCAAAUAUACCUAAAGAUCAGCAGGUCUACUGUUGUAAAAGUCUACGCCGUGAUCAUCGUAAUGGUCAUCUGGCUUAUAACACUAUGCCUGCUGGGCAUCAUGGUCAAGGGCGUUAUCAUGGGCCAAGGUCAAAGAGUUGAGAUCUUGGUCAUACCAGUCUCGGCUUUGUUUGCAUUCACCUCUCUCAGGAGCACAAUGCCUGGCGCACCAGGCAGCUUCGGUGCAAUCAUUGAUUUUGUGGGAAUUCUACCAUCCUUGGUCUUCCUAGCCUUGACGUCACUACUCUGCCUCAUACCCUUCAUCUUGGACACCGACCCCGAAAAACCUCGCACACAUCAUAAUAAGGACGCGGAGAAGGCAUUGGAUAGUGUCAUCCACCCCGGUCUCAAGCCCCUGCAUGCUGGUCAUGGGCAUUACCAUUCCGACUUGUCCUUGAGCGGCUCUACCACGGCCAUUGAUGAUUCACCGGUGCCAGACAGCAGCAUAAAACCUAACUCUGGACAGCUUGAUCAUGAACGUACAAAUAGCUUCCGAGCAAAUUGGACGUCCUCUCAUCGCACCCUUGACGAGGCACCUCUUGCGCACCAGAACGCUUCGCAUGGCACUAUUCCUCCACCACCAGGCGCACCGCACGCCAUCUACACCACCCACUCGACUGCCAGUAGCGUCAGCUCGAUCGCUUCGUUGUCGAAGGUGCCCAACAGCAGAGCUGAAAGACAUGUCGCUUCUGAGGAUGCGCCGCCACCCACACCGAGAGCACCCGUCCGCGAGUCCUCGUUUUCAGAAUCCGCACCCCUACUUUCUGAAGAACAUGCCCAAAUCUCCGAUGCUGAACAGGUUUUGGAGAGAAAUUCUCUGCCUGGCCUCGUGCGGAGCAUGGCCGUUGAACCUACGUCUGAUGAUAUCCGUGAUGUCUAUCGUGCUCCGUCGAUGAUCGCGCUCCCGAUCUGA